AACAUUUUCUCAAAAUUGGGGGAAAAUAAAUAUCGAUCGAGGAAAGAACCAAAGAUUCGAUCUUGGAGGGGCGAAUGAAGACGCGAUAAACUCAGCAGAGAGGAUUUUCGUGCCAAAAACGCCUUUGAUUUCCCUCUCUUUCUCUCUCUCUCUAUCCUCCCUUUGUUUUCCGAUCUUCAAGAACAGGUGCUGUAUUUUGAAUUUUUGCUAUCUGUUUUUUCCUCUCGAUUCUCGUCAUGAUGCUUGUCGAUCUCUGAUCUGGAUGUUACCAUUUUUUUUUUUAAUACAAGAGAAAACGAUAGCAACUAGAUUUUUUUUUCUCUCCGUUUUCUCCCUUUCGAUACGGUCUUCCAAUUGCUGUUCGCGGAAUGGGGACUGUUGAAGAAGCAGCUUCCAUUGCUUCUCAUGAUUCUGAAGUAUCCAUUUCAGAGCUAAGUAGAAAGCAAAAGGAAGAACUCGAAAAUUUGACAUUGGUUACUCAACCAUUCAAAACAUUGAAGUUUUUCAUUUUGGGUGUUCUUCAAUAUAGCAAACGCUCGAUUGCAUACAUUUUAGCGAAAGGUGGUUGGUUUUUGCUCUUACACUUGAUUAUUGGGGUAGCUGGAAUUUUGAUUUUGACUAUCGAAGGGCCACAUGAGAAGCAUGUUGAGGAGAUUGUGAAAUACUUUGACUACGGCUUGUGGUGGGUGAUCCUUGGAGUUGCAUCAUCAAUUGGUCUUGGGUCUGGUCUGCAUACUUUUGUCCUGUAUCUUGGGCCUCACAUUGGGUUUUUCACAAUAAAGGCGGUGCAGUGUGGUCGAGUGGACUUGAAGAGUGCCACUUAUGACACAAUACAAUUGAAAAGAGGCCCAUCGUGGCUCGAGAAGGAUUGUUCAGAAUUUGGACCUGCAGUUUUCACAUCACAAGUCCCACUCAGCAGCAUAUUGCCAAUGGUUCAGAUAGAGGCAAUUCUGUGGGGUAUUGGGACCGCCCUAGGAGAGCUUCCUCCUUAUUUUAUCUCAAGGGCAGCACGCCUCUCCGGUGGCAGAUCAGAAGCAAUGGAAGAACUCAAUGCCUCUUCGAGAGAAACUAAUGGAUUCAUUCCAACAUACUUAAAUAGAGUGAAGCGAUGGUUCCUUUCACACGCUCAACAUUUGAAUUUCCUUACUAUUCUACUGCUUGCUUCGGUUCCAAAUCCUCUGUUUGACUUGGCGGGCAUUAUGUGUGGACAAUUCGGUAUUCCUUUCUGGGAAUUCUUUUUCGCUACGCUCGUCGGAAAAGCCAUUAUCAAAACUCACAUCCAGACCAUUUUCAUCAUUGCCGUUUGCAACAAUCAACUUCUUGAUUGGAUAGAAAACGAACUAAUAUGGAUACUCAGCUUCGUGCCUGGAUUUUCAUCGGUCUUGCCCGAGCUCAUUUCGAAGCUCAAUGCAAUCAAAGCUAAGUAUCUGAAAGCGCCAUCUCAUGCGGCCACUAAUGUCAAGGCCAAAUGGGAUUUCUCAGUUUCAUCCAUCUGGAACACUAUAGUAUGGCUCAUGAUCAUGAACUUCUCUGUCAAGAUUAUGACUUCAACUGCCCAAAGGUACUUGAAGCAACAGCAAGAUGAGGAGCUGGCUGCGUUGACGAACAAAGUUCCUGCAUCAGCAUGCUCGAAUUAACCCGGUUCUAAUGUCAUCUCUUUUAUCACUCAUAUACUUUACUAAGAUUUAGCAUCAACUGUUUCGAUUCGAGUAAUCGAGGAUAUGUCUGGAGAGAAGAAACAUUGUUUUAGAAAGCUGUUUAGAAUAGGAAAGGUGCUAUCCAUGAUAUGUAGUGUCAUAAACCCAGUUCUGAUUGGGGGGAGGGAACCGUUACUUUGGGUAAUUAUAUUAAUUUACCCACUGUUAGUUAACCAUUGGAAACAUACAUCAUUAUUCAUUCUUAAUCCCAGACAUAUUGUGAUUCAUUA